AUGCUAAUAAGAAAGGCUCAUCAUUUCAUUAAUAAUAAUUUGCGAUGCUUCAAUUCUAAUCGCACAUUCGCUUCAAUUGGUCAACUGACGGAUAGACCUCAGAAUUUGAUCGAGAAGAUUGUUCAAAAAUAUGCCUUAGAUUUGCCUAACCCAUCUUACAAAGUGAAAAGUGGCGAUUUUGUAACCAUACAGCCUGAACAUGUUAUGACCCAUGAUAACACCGCUGCUGUAAUGACAAAGUUCAAGAGCAUUGGCGCUGAAAGAAUAAAGUAUCCUAGACAGGCUGUCUUUACUUUGGAUCAUGACGUGCAGAACAAGUCUGAAAAGAACCUCAAAAAAUAUGCUAGCAUUGAGGAGUUUGCAAAAAGAAAUGGCGUGGAUUUUUACCCGGCGGGAAGAGGAAUAGGCCAUCAAAUUAUGAUCGAAGAAGGGUAUGCCUUUCCGUAUACUUUGACCGUAGCAUCCGAUUCGCACUCCAAUAUGUAUGGAGGGAUAGGAUGUCUGGGAACACCGAUCGUGCGCACAGAUGCUGCAGCGCUUUGGGCAACCGGACGUACGUGGUGGCAGAUACCGCCUGUAGUCCAAGUUGAAUUUACGGGUCAAUUACCGCCUGGGGUCACCGGAAAGGAUGUCAUUAUCGCACUCUGUGGAUUGUUCAACAAUGACGAAAUUCUCAAUUGUGCUAUAGAGUUUACUGGCGUGGGGGUACAAAGUAUUACUCUUGAAGAUAGAUUGGCCAUUGCAAACAUGACGACUGAAUGGGGAGCGCUAGCUGGUGUUUUCCCCGUGGAUGAUAUUACGAUUCGAUGGCUCAGAAAAAGAAUACAAAAGCUAGAGAUCACUCGUUUUCAGAACAAAAACUUACCCCCAGCACUACCAGGGGUCCAUUUCAAACAUCCAAGAAUAUACACUGAAAGAAUCGAUGAUAUCAAGAGAGUGCCAAUCACAUCGUCUGAGAAUGCAGCUUAUGCUAAACACCUGACGCUAGAUCUCUCAAGUGUUUCACCCCAUAUAUCUGGCCCAAACUCGGUUAAGAUUGCCACGCCGCUAUCCCUUCUUGAAAAGCAGAAUAUCUCCAUACAAAAAGCAUAUCUUGUUUCUUGUGUAAAUUCACGUGAAAGUGACUUGCAAGCAGCAGCCGAAGUUAUCAGAGGAAGAAAGGUUUCAGACGGAGUUGAAUUCUACGUGGCAGCAGCCAGUAGCGAAGUACAACAAGAUGCUGAAGAAAGUGGAGCUUGGCAUGAUUUGGUCAAUGCUGGCGCCAAAGUAUUACCAGCCGGUUGUGGUCCAUGCAUAGGACUCGGGACUGGUCUUUUGAAAGACGGUGAAGUUGGUAUAUCUGCCACUAACCGAAACUUUAAAGGUCGUAUGGGAUCUCCUAAAGCGUUAGCAUAUCUAGCAUCACCUGCUGUCGUGGCUGCAUCUGCUAUAGCAGGAAAAAUAGCGGAUCCUGCAACAUUCUCUAAAUCAUUCGAGCAUGCCUCAUAUACCGAAUCACCAAGGAUCUCUAUUAUUUCAACACAAACAUCAAAAAAGCCUACUGUUACUGAAGUUAAACCUGUGAUUUCUGGAUUUCCUGAAUCAAUAAAGGCCGAACUGCUGUUUUGUCACGCGGACAAUUUGAACACUGAUGCAAUUUACCCAGGAAAAUACACAUAUGUGGAUGACUUGACUCCCGAUCAAAUGGCAAAGGUAGUCAUGGAAAACUAUGAUCCCAAGUUUGUAAACUUGGUUCAGCAGGGUGACAUAUUGGUUGGUGGUUUUAAUUUUGGUUCUGGCUCCUCCAGAGAGCAAGCUGCAACGGCCGUUAAAGCAGCUGGAAUCAACUUAUUACUAGCAGGCUCAUUCUCGGAAACUUUCAAGAGAAAUGGUAUUAACAAUGCCUUGCUUCUACUUGAGGCACCCGAGUUGGUAAACGACCUGAAAGAACGACUAGGUGUUAAUAGUCUGACACAAAGGACACAAUGGUUUGCAGAAUUAAGAGUACCAGAAGGAAUAAUAAUAACAAGAGAUGCAAGCGGGAAGGAACUAAAAUAUUAUCAAGUUGAUGUAUUGGGACAAAGUGUCCAAGAAUUGUGGGUUGCGGGGGGCCUUGAGAACUGGGUUAAGCAAACGUUGUAG